CCGCCCUCUUCCUCUUCACUACACCCUUUCCUCCGUGCCGCCCCACUUUUCUCCUCCCGCGCCCCUCCGCGAGCUCCCUACCCCUCGCGCUCACGCCGGCGACAAGUUUCCGCCAGAGUUAGGUAGAUCAGGUGCUGCGCCGGCAGCCGUGGAAGGGAUGGAGGACCUCGCGAGUUCGCGUGGCGGCGGGGGAUGCGGUGGUCUUGAUGCGCAGAUCGAACAGCUCAUGGAGUGCCGCCCGCUCCCAGAGACGGAGGUUAAAACACUGUGUGAGAAGGCCAAGGAGAUAUUAAUGGAGGAAAGCAAUGUUCAGCCAGUUAAAAGCCCUGUGACGAUUUGUGGUGAUAUUCAUGGCCAAUUCCAUGAUCUUUUAGAACUUUUCCGGAUUGGUGGGAAGUGUCCAGAUACAAAUUAUUUGUUUAUGGGUGAUUAUGUGGAUCGUGGCUAUUACUCUGUUGAGACAGUAACGCUUUUAGUUGCACUUAAGGUGCGGUACCCGCAACGCAUUACAAUUCUUCGUGGAAACCAUGAAAGUAGGCAGAUCACACAGGUGUAUGGCUUCUAUGAUGAAUGCCUACGAAAAUAUGGCAGUGCAAAUGUCUGGAAGAUCUUCACUGAUCUUUUUGAUUAUUUUCCGUUGACAGCAUUGGUGGAAUCAGAAAUUUUCUGCCUCCAUGGUGGUUUAUCUCCAUCCAUUGAGAAUCUUGAUAACGUUCGCAGUUUAGACCGUGUCCAAGAGGUCCCUCAUGAGGGACCUAUGUGCGACCUUCUGUGGUCUGAUCCAGACGAUAGAUGUGGCUGGGGCAUAUCUCCACGUGGUGCUGGAUACACUUUUGGCCAAGACAUAUCGGAGCAGUUUAAUCACACCAACAAUCUUAAACUCGUAGCUCGGGCUCACCAGUUGGUUAUGGAGGGAUACAACUGGGCACAUGAACAAAAGGUGGUGACCAUAUUCAGCGCACCUAACUACUGUUACCGGUGCGGCAACAUGGCGUCCAUCCUCGAGGUCGAUGACUGCAGGAAUCACACAUUUAUUCAGUUUGAGCCAGCUCCUAGGAGAGGUGAACCAGACGUGACGCGGAGGACACCUGAUUAUUUCCUUUGAGUUAUCUGCCAGGCCAUUUUUGGAUUUUGCCCAAUGUUGGAAUAGUGAUGCUGGCCAGUAACAAUUUUUGUUGGAUCUAUAUGGUAACUUAACCGACCAGCAACAGUAAGAAAAUGUGGAACUUAACCGACCAGCAACAGUAAGAAAAUGUGGAAGCUGCAUUUGUCAUUGCAAGAGGUGCUCGCUAACUUAACCCCAAGCUGUCAAAAGAUCCGCUUGUCUACCCAACCCACCCAGUGGUGCCUCCCUUGGGCUUUGGGACGUCGAGUUUACGCUUUCAGCGUAGAGUUGCCUCAGUUCUGUCUUGUGUGUCAGCUAGUUUUGUGUUUGUGUCUUGUGUGGUUGCUCGUUGUAGCUUCUGUGGUCUCGAGUGUUGCAAGAAUUGGAAUUCUGCUAGCUCCUCCUCUGUUUGGUUGUCCAUGCCCUUGGUACACGAGUGUUGGCCACCCUUCUCAUGUAGCACCAACCACGUUACAGUCAAGCUGUUCGCAUCUUAUUUUUGUCAUGUUAAUACUCCUGUCAAUUAAAUGAACAAUGUUUGCUCCCCAUGUA